ACCUCGCGCUCUCGAGGCCAGUCAGCAGCAAAUCGUCACGUCGCGCGUUGUUAAAUUCGAUCGCUCUUUUGCUACAAAAUUUCUUGUACGCGGAACACGUAAUCGCACAGAUUGUAUUCAUAUUUUAAUUCGUGAUAAACACACAGUGAUAAGUAUACUGUUUAUUUGUUAAUUAUUUGUUAAAAGAUAUGACGAUUUCGUCCCCCGCGCCGUUGUUCUGCACUCGUUGUUUUGCAGCUCGCGCGAAAUAAUUCUCUCCUUCUAACGAAAUGAUUGGAGCGAAAUAAGGAGUCUCGUCGGGAUCAAUAGCGUACGUACGAGGGGGACCCUUCUUAACCGAACCUUCCUUACGAGUUCGCCACCAUAAAACGACCCGUACGCGCGACGCACAUUCUCGACCCCAUCGCGACCAGGUGCUUAUCGCACACACCUCUACACUUUUGUGCAUUUGUGUUCGUCGGUUCGGGUUUCUACGCUGCCAACUAUAUUCACCGUGCAUACUUGUCCCGCAGAAAUUUCACCUGCGAGAAAAAGUCAAGACGGAAGUCGUUCAUUGCGAUUAACAAGAAAGCGAUUCUCAUCGAAGAUGAGAAAUCAGGAGACGCUAGCAUGAUCGACAUCGGUGCGAUUAGUAUCUUGACGCUUUUCCUGAUCGUCGGCAAUCUCGAGGCAGUCACAGUCGUGAACCAUCAUUCCGACGAUGAAUACGUCCUUGAACACGAAAUCCUUCGCAAGGACGCACUUGCUGAAGCGAAGAAAUUGGAGAUAUAUCCUGGGCCCAUUCCGGGAUGCAAGUCUUGCAGCUACUCCGAGAUGACUUACUGUAAGAAUGGCAGCAUUAUCAACGACCAUUGCUGUUGCGACGGCAGCUUUAACAGUAGGUGUUUCGAGCGAGUGUAUGAUUAAUACGCGAUUAAUAAAUACUCUAGACGAACGUUUUACGGGCGAGGUCCCGUAAGCUCGCUUUAUGAUCGGCUAACGAAGCGGCACGCGAUUUAUCUCGGCGCGGCAACAACAAGCCGAUCGAAAUCGGCUUAACCUU